AGCGCCCACGCCCACUGCAGUUAAGAGUCCAGAAGGUGUCAUCUGAACAGUCCACUCUGGCCUUGGUGGGACGGUAUAUAUAUGCUGGUGGAUGUGUGUCCUGGGGAAUUCGCCCCUCUGCUCCGCCCACCCCUCUGCAGUCCAAGGACAAGCAGAGAGCUCUCGAUGUUCGCCACGCGUAUCCUGUUCUACUACAUCCUCGCCCUCGCGGGCAUCGUCGCGGUUUGUGCGUCCCCAUUGGUUGCACCACAACCACAGCUUGAAUUCGAGCGGCGCGCCACAUACGCGUCGACAGGACACACGACCGCCGCAAGCGUCACCCACGCAACCAGCGUGCACUCCACAGGUACUGCCCACACGGGAACAGGGACAUCCCACUCGACCAGCUUCGCGGGAACGCGGACAGGGACAGCACUGUCUUCUACUAGUACCACAGCGUCUGUCAGCACCUCCUACUCGCUAUCGCUGUCCACGUCAACAAUCAGGGCAAUAUCGACUGGUGCCCAUACCACCGCGACCGUGACGAGGUACUCGGUCGCCACACGGACGAUCGCCGUACCGGUACGACCCUCGAGGGCAGCUGCCGUUGGGUUGCACGCAGAGCACUGGAGGAUAGCCGUUGGCGUAGGUGCUGGUGCACUGGCUCUCCUCCUCUGACGGUAGUAAGCAGACGGUCAGCCUGGGGGGCAAGUUUGGAGGGGCGAGCGGAUUAUGAUAUACCGGUAUACACGAAUUACACGACAAGGUGACGAUGAAGAGCUUACUAUAUACCCAAUA